UUUCAGAGUUUGGCCAGCGACAGCGAGCGCGCAACUAUUGAUUAGAAACGCACCAGAGUCGCCGCGCAACACAACUUUUCCCAGAGAGCGGUGCAAACAGGUGAUCCUCCCAGCCACAGAACAGACACGCAUACAGUCGGUUAGAAACUAUCCUCUCAACUGAAAACAAUGGCACUAAAUGGCACAUCACACCCGCUGAAAGCAGCCGAAACGGUCAAGUUUGACGAUUUGGACGUUAUCGUGCAAACAUUGCUGCGCAAAGCGACAGAUGCGCGUGAAUUAGCGUAUGCGCCGUACAGUAACUUCAAAGUGGGCGCUGCCGUGGAGCUGGAGGACGGCAGCACGGUAACAGGCUGCAAUAUUGAAAAUGCAUCCUUCACCGUGGGCACUUGCGCCGAACGCUGCGCGCUUUUCAAAGCAAUCAGCGAGGGCAAGAAACGAUACCGGCGCAUCGCAGUCGUGGCGUAUCAAGAGCGGGGAAUCACAUCGCCGUGCGGCGCCUGCAGGCAGUUAAUGAACGAAUUCGGUGAUUUCGAAGUAUAUCUAAGCAAGCCGGAUUUACGUGAGGUGGUGCGCACCUCAGUGCACGGUUUGUUGCCGCUCGGCUUCCAUGUUAACGCCGACUACACCUUCUAGCGCGCAUUUAGCGCAUUCACACUUUUACAGAUGUAUUUAAGCAUGAAAUAAACGUCAUUCAGUGAGCCGAUAA